CCCCUUUGGUCGCUAGAAUCGUCUGUCCGAGAAGCAUCGUGCGAGCGUUGUUACGGUUUACCCACAGCAGCCAGCGGCAAAGUGCACCAGCGGUCUGACGGUCCGUCCAUUCUAUCCGCCAAGUUACAGGAAGUGAAGUAGCGGGAAAUGCCGAAGUCGUUCCUCGUGAAAUGUCGGAGCUCCGGUCGCGAGGGCCCGCCGCCGGUGUACCCGGACACCAGCUACUUUUCAGUUCAGUUAUCCCCGCCCCCUGGAGCUGUCGCUUCGUUCGACUUCCAACCAACAUCAGCGCACGCGCAGCAAACCGUCCCACCAGAGAGCUCCAGCUGUGCGUCCGAGAGCGCCGCCCUACCGGCAGAGGGAUCGAAGAAAAUCUCCCCAGCCAAGACGGAGAAUAGGAAGACCAGCAAACCCGUUGCCAAGGUUACCGGAACCCAGUCCACCGUCAAACAGGAACGCCCCAGCCCCGCCAAACCGCUCAACGAAGCCCGGCCUUUCGUCUGCUCUCUCUGCGGCAAGGACUUCGCUGUGCAGCGCAUGCUCAACAGACACAUGAAGUGCCACAGCGCCACCAAGCGGUACAAGUGUGAACACUGUCCCAAGGGAUUCAACGACACGUUCGACCUGAAACGUCACGUGCGCACACACACGGGAAUUCGGCCAUACAAGUGCGAGGAGUGCGGGAAGGGCUUCACUCAGAGGUGUUCCCUGGAGUCUCACUACAAGAAGGUGCACGGGUUCACCCUCAGCUACGGCUACAAGGAACGGAGGGAGAAGAUCUAUGUGUGUGAGGAGUGCGGUCACGCGACCAUGAGUCCGGAAGAGCACCUGGAGCACCUGAAACAGGUGCACCCGGACAACCCUGCCCUCAACAAGAGCUUCGAACGGAAACACCUGCUGAAGAAACAAACGGAAGAAACGAAGGGAGAAGGUACGUCAACUCCAGACCACAUGGAGACAGACAGUGACGACAGCACGGGGGAUAAAAAAGAAGAGGAUAAUAAAAGAAAGGACAAUGGAAAACAGAAACUACCAGCGGCGAAGAGGAUACGAGCAGAGACAGCCGCGUGAUGACUUACUAGACCAGUGACAUUACUUCAAAAUUUACAUGGAACAUUCAACAACUCAUGUACACUACCAUCAAUAUGCAGUACUCAUAAACUUCUUUUAUGUAUAGAAUGGCGUAGACACCACUAUAUAUUUUCUGACCAUGCAGGGAAACUAGUGUAUUUAAACUUAACUUUGUCAACAAAGCACAAUGGAAGAUACUAACCAAACCAAAUUUAUGAAAACCAAGUUAUAUUUACAAUCAAACCAGCGAGGGAAGUGAAAGAACAUCCCCUAAAAUUUGCCAUAAUAGUUAAUUUGUUUUAUUAUUUGCGGAAUCACUCCGGGGCUUUGUUUUCACUAUCAACAGCACAAUGCAUGCUGGGGACUUUGCCAGGUCAAAGGGUAUUUGGGCAGUGCAUUGUGGGAAUAAUUGGCUGCUACCACGAAACUACUAGGGAUUCUUGGCUGUGUAGGGUUUGAGGAGAUUCUAUUUUUCUUACGUAAGUUGUAGUUAGGUAUGUAAGGAUUCUAAGAUAUAUAUUCUUGAGAGGGGAUGUUAACCAGAGAACUUCUUGCACGACAUUUGAAACAACCUUCAAGGAUUCUAAACUCCUUACAGGUAAUGUGAUGAUAGAAAUGUAUCGCCUGGGUAAACGUGUUUGACAUACCUGUAUUUCUGAAACCAUUAUGAAAAGAUUAAGUGACGCAAAUUUGAAAGGCGAGAUAUUACAUGUAUGUGUACAGCUAGCUGUAAGAUUGCAUCCACCAGUUUCCCAUCCCCAGAAUGCAACGCGAAAACGCGGGGGUAACCCUCAUUUGUAUAGGGCUGGAAGGCAUCGAAAUGAUUAACAUUGAUUGCUCAACAUUAAUUAGAUUAAUAUGGGCAGAAUCUGACAACAAAUAGAGAAUGAAGUUUUAGUGUUCUUUUCAACAUGGAACAUGUGGUUUGUAAUGAAAAUGUAACAGCAUCAGUAUGUCGUUACCACUAUAACGUUCUCUUUUUAUUGUCAGAUUCAACCCAUAGUAAUUUAAUUAACCUUGAGUAUAAAAUGAAACCGACACCUCAAAACACACUGAAAAACAAGUUGUUUAACGUCACCAGGAUCAUUCCGAUGCCUGCCUGCCCUAUGCAAAUGAGGGUUACCCCUGCGUUUUCGCGUUGCAUUCUGGGGAUGGGAAACUGGUUGAUAUCAAGGCUUCAACAUAACCCGAACUAUGCAGGACGUAUAUAUCUAGAUGUGUCAAACUGGGGCGGUAGAUUUUCAUGGUUUGCUAUAGAAUGUGCAAUAUCCUCCGGGUACGGAAUUCUAGCUACCGCUGCUAUGCACUUCUCGUUGUACAUAAUGGUGGGUACGGCCAUGUUUUGCAUAAAUUAGCAUAUAUUUAUCUAUAUUUGGACGUGAUGAACCGUGGUGCAAUAUUUCGUGAAGAUGGUUAGGGAGAAUUGAUAUGGUUUUCGCUGUGGGAUAACUUCGGUGCCAAUAAAGAGAGCUUAGAUUUAAAUU